AUGAAAUCCAUUGAGGUUUUCGUUCUGCUAGCAAUAUUGUUGAUGGCUUUACCCAUUCCUCUGAUGGCAACACCAGAUGAAGAAACCCCUGCAGCUUUUCCCAUGAGGGGAAGAAGCCGCUUCCUUGCCACGCAGACUCCUCGGCCUGUGACCUCGCAAUGUAGCCUGAAACCUGGGACUUGUACCGCUAAAGGCAGCCCCGGACCAAACUGCUGCAACAACAGAUGUGUUGAUAUGGGCACAGACAAGAACAACUGCGGGUCUUGUGGGAAGAAAUGCAAGAUAACAGAGAUAUGCUGCAAAGGUCAUAUUGUGAACCCAAUGACUGACAAUUUCAACUGCGGGAGCUGCUUCAACAGUUGCAAGGUUGGCAGUUCAUGUGAAAAUGGGAUGUGCGACUACGCAUAG